CAAGGUAUCUGGAAACCCUUCAAAAAGCUUCGUCGUCUUCCUCAAUAGUCCACGCUCCCAUCCAAUCAAAUCAAACACAACCUUCCGCCAUUGAAAUCUCAAUCCUAACCAUGGGCCUCAAAGUGCUCUCCGCUCUCGACACUGCCAAAACCCAAUUGUACCAUUUCAAGGCCAUCGUCAUCGCCGGGAUGGGCCUCUUCACCGACGCCUACGAUCUCUUCAGCAUCACUCCCGUUACGACCCUCGUAGGACGUGUGUACUACCAGGACAAACAAUACGAGAUUCCCGCCGCCGUCAAAUCCGCCAUGCUGGCCGUCGCCCUUCUCGGCACCGCCACGGGUCAAGUGGUGUUCGGCAUACUCGGAGAUCGAGUGGGACGACGGCGCGUGUACGGACUCGCAUUGGCGCUGAUGGUGCUGAGUUCCAUCGGAUGCGGGUUCUCAAUCUGCACCACAAGGAGCUGCGUCCUUGUCAGCCUAGGGUUCUUCAGGUUCCUUCUGGGACUGGGAAUUGGGGGAGAUUACCCAUUGUCGGCGACCAUAAUGUCGGAGUUCGCCAACAAGAAGACACGUGGGGCGUUCAUAGCGGCGGUGUUCUCGAUGCAGGGAUUCGGGAUCUUGGCCAGCUCCACGGUGACCAUGAUCGUGUGCUCCAUAUUCGAUCGGGCCUCCAAUUACCCACCCAGUAAUCAUACCCCCAUGGGGGCGGAUAUUGCUUGGAGGUUGAUUCUCCUGCUCGGCGCUCUUCCGGCGGCGAUGACUUAUUACUGGCGAAUGAUGAUGCCGGAAACCGCCAGAUACACAGCUCUGGUUGAGCGGAAUGUGGCACAAGCGGCGAAGGACAUGGAGAAGGUGUUGGAUGUGACGUUGGCUGAUAUCACCGAGGACAGCCCUGUUUCCCCUCCCCCUCCAAGUUUCCCCUUCUUUUCCAACGAAUUUCUCCGUCGCCACGGCCGCGACCUUCUCUCCUGCGCCGCCGCUUGGUUCCUCGUCGACGUUGUGUUCUACAGCAGCAACCUCUUCCAAUCCAGAAUCUACACCCAAUUCCUUCCCCCAAAACUCACCCGCAACGUCUACCAAGACGCCUUCAACGAAGCCAAACUCCAAGCCAUCGUGGCCGUCUGUUCCACCAUUCCUGGCUACUGGGUCUCCGUCUAUUUCAUCGACCGACUCGGCCGAGUCAAAAUCCAAAUCAUGGGGUUUCUCUUCAUGGGCAUUGGCUAUUUCGCCAUCGCCAUUCCCUACAACAGAUACUGGGACUCCGAUCACAAAUUUGGCUUCAUGGUAAUCUACUGCCUCACAUUCUUCUUCUCAAACUUCGGCCCCAACACCACCACUUUCAUUCUCCCUGCCGAGCUCUUUCCCGCCAGGUUCAGAUCCACCUGCCAUGGAAUCUCCGGCGCGGCUGGCAAAAUCGGGGCCAUCAUCGGGGCCGUGGGGUUCCUUUGGGCUUCGCACGACCGGUGGGAUAAUGGAAUUGGGAUGCAGGCGUCGCUGAUAAUACUUGGUGGGGCGAGUCUGGUGGGAGUGGCGGUGACGUAUUUGUUCACCAGAGAGACCACCGGAAGGUCGUUGGAAGAGAACGAGAAGGAAGAUGAGUACGCUGGAGUCUGGUUUAUAAGGUUUUCCUCCUGUCUGUCUGUUGGUGAACAUGAGGACAUGUCGUCACGUUCAACCGCCAACUCCAUUCGAAGUAGUACACCAAUUCAUUAGAGAUGAGUUUCGUUUGAUGUAAACGAGUGGUGUGCAGCUUUUGGUUUUGGAUUCCAUGCAUUUCAUUUGUAACCCAAAAUGGAAGUAUAAUAGAUAGAGGGUAAAGUACAAAAGGAUUAUUAAUGCUCAUUUUUGUGAAGGCAGCUCUAAGCUUGGCUUUCAGUUAAGACUGAUAUAA